GAGCCGGGCGGCUGCGGGCCAGCACGGACGGCGUCGCCCCGCUCCGCGCCGCAGCCAUGGCCCUGGGCUCGCCCGCCGCCCGCCGCCGCGCCGCGCCGCGCCUGCUGGCAGCGCUGCUGGGUUUGCAUGUCUUCGCCAUUGCCUUCACCUUGGAGGUGUCAGUGGGGAAGACCAACACUGUGAUGGCUCUGAAUAACUCCAAUGUCCUGCUGCCCUGCACCUUCACCACCUGCAUAGGCUUUCACAACCUGGUCUUCACAUGGUAUUUCAACUCUACAGAGAUGAUUUACCACGGCAAGAUAAAGAGCAAAGCCUCGGAGCCCUUCCUUGUGGCACGCAACCCACGGGUCGAGUUUGUCGGCUCGACGACCGGGAAGGACAACAACAUCUCCAUUGUCCUGAAGAACGUGGAGUUCAGCGAUGCUGGGAGAUACACCUGCCACGUCAUGAACCCCAGGGAGAAGAAAGCGCAGCACAACGCCACCAUCUUCCUCACAGUGGUCCAGAAGAUGGUGGAGACAGACAACACUGUGACGCUCAUCAUCGUGGGCGUUGUGGGGGGGCUUAUCGGCCUCCUCAUCCUCUUCAUGCUCAUCAAGAGGGUAGUCCUGUUCAUCAUCAAGAAGACCCAGGAUGGGAAGAAGGAGUGUCUCGUGAGCUCAUCAGGGAACGACAACACCGAGAACGGCCUGGCUGGCUCCAAGGCAGAACAAAAAGCACCACCAAAGGCAUGAAGCAGCGGCGCCCCGAGCCCCAGCCCGCCCAGCAGCAGGGAGGGUGGGCAGGGGGACAAGCAAGCCUUUCCCUUUUGUUUUCUUUCCAAACUGCCAAUGCUUGAGACAUGUUUCUAUUACACACGUGCCUGCAACCUGCACUGCUUCUCAGAAAAGACUUCGGCCACCGCGGGGACUGGGAGCUUCUUCUGGAUUCGGACUGGGACGCUGCUGGGAUAGAGGGAGCUGCCUGCUCUGCUCUGAACAAAGGCAAGAGGGUGCCGGGCGGGCAGGGAAGGGGCCAGGUGCUGGGGAGUACCCUGGUCUGCAGCCGGGCGGGUGCUGUGCCGCAGGCACUGUGCUCACGGGGGUGCAGGGUGGUGUGCAGCCAGGGGGCCCGGCGUGCCUGCAGGGUAGAGGCUGUGAGGAGCUUGGGGCGCCUUGUCUGACUCUGGCGAUGCUGAGCCAGGGCGUGCGGUAGCUGCCUGUCUCAUGCAGAAGGUUUCUGGAGCAGAGGAAGGAUGCACGGAACUUGCUGUACAGGUAGAGGCUCCUGCCUUCGCUGCACUCCUCAUGGGUCCGGCGCAGGAGGAAGGGAGGAAGCAGGACUGUCAAAACAGCAGGGCUUAGCUUCAGCUCUCCUGUUAACCACACUUGAGAACCAAAUCAGUGAAAGGCCCGUUGCUGUCAGGGCUGUCAUUGCUUCCCGGCUGGGGCUGGGUGCCAUUCUCCCGCGGGGCAGGCUGACCCCACGGUGCCUCGCUUCCUCCCGUGGCAGGGCUGGGAGGGCCAGUGUCUGGGGCUGGCCAUGUCCCAGGGUCACUGCUGGCCCACGGCGGGGUGAAGCUCCACGUUUCACACUCGCUUCUCCCCUGCACAGGGCCGUCCCCCGGGGGCGGCAGGGGGCUUCUCCCCCAGCCAGCCCUCUCGGGAGGCGCUCCCUGGGUUUGUGCUGCCGCUGCUCUUACUCCUCCUCCCCUCUUUUUAAAGCUCGGCACUCAGAGCAGCGAUGCUUUUGAUGCUGACUUGCCAAGGCUUAACUCGUUACGCAGAUAUUUUCUAUAUCAGACUCCAGUGGGAGAAUGGCUGAUUGCGUUUCCCUUUCACCUGAGGAAAACUGUGGCACUCCAUCCGCGAUGCAGGGAGGGAGCACAGUCAAGCCCCGGUGAGGGGAGCCGGGCUAGAGCUGCGCCAGCCCAUUCCCAGGCCUGCCACUGGCCCACUGGCGACCUUGGGCAAGUCGCUCUGCCCCUCCAUGCCUCAGUUUCCCCAUCUGUAAAAUGGGGAUAAUAAUACUGCUCUACCUCACAGGGGUUGUUGUGAGGCUUCCUUGGCUAACAUUUGUAAAGUGCUUUGAGAUCCUCGGGUGAGGGGUGCCACAGAAAGGGUCUUUGCGAAGGGUACCCACAGUGGGGAUUUGGGCAACCCAGCCCCCUUCCCAAGGGCUGUGGCAAGACAUGAGACACGAAUGGAAUGAACUGAUCCUACAACUGAGGUUGACAAUGUCCUUUACAAUGUGAUUUGUUCCCUAUUUCUUCUUUAUUUGUGGGUGUCUGUCAGUGAAGCUGUAGGACAGGCAGCUCCCCCGUCCCCACUCGAAAUUGGGAAUCAAAGCUGAGCCUGAACUUCCCCGGCUGUGGGGGCUUGCACCCCAACAGAGGGGCUGGAGUGGAAGGUAGGGGAGGAUUUGGUGGGCAAGGCAAACAAGGAAAGGUUAGGUGCGACCUUCUCUGGAGACUGUUGUGGGAGAGGUCGGACCCCACCUGCCCGCUUGUGGGGGCGGAGGUGUGGGGAGCACCUUGCGGCCUUUGGCUGGGGGCACGGCCAGCUGGCCGCACCCGGGCUGGGCUCAGAGGCACCCACUGGAGCAGGGUCCUGCGUUUGGGACGGGGGGACAGGUACAGGCACCUGGCCCCAGGCAGGUUUCCAUUGCUGCUGGUUAGAUAGGCAAGUAGGGGUCAGGUCCUGGGGAUCCCGGUUCCCUCUCUGAGGAUCUGCGGGACCCUCAGGCAAAUCACUUGAUUUCUCUGUGCAUCAGUUUCCCCAUCUGUAAAAUGGGGACAGUAAAUCUGACCUACCUCACAGGAGGUGUGAGGCUCCCUGCAUGGCUUUGCAAAGUGCUCUGAGAUCCUGGGGCGAAAGGCACUCUGUAAAUGCAAAGUAUUGUUAACAUACCAGUGUCCCACAUGAGAGUCUGGGCAGGAAGGCAUGAGACCUCCCAGUUGCCCCAAGAGCCCCCCCCGCCCAUCCUUGGAGGAGGCCUCCGAUGGGAGAGGACAGCGAGGGAAGGGAUUUUUUUAAAGAACUAUUUUUAGCUGUCCUAACCUGUUGGCCUUUUUUAGACGGUAUCUGGACACAGCUCCACUUACCACAGGAUAUGCAAUGCUGUACUAUGCAUGGAUUACUCCUCUGGCUUGAUGGGAAAAGUCAACAUAACCCGUCUCUGAAAUGUAACUCUCCCUAUAUGCCUAUGUGUGUGGGUACUGUACGCAGCGCCGGGGGAGCGGGCUGGCGUGGGAGCUUGUGCCAGCUCCUGCGGGAUCCCGCUGUCACAAGGGCUUUGGGGGCUCUGCACAGGCUUUCCGGGGCACGCGGGGCAGAAGGCCCUGCCGGAGGUGCGUGAUGCGACACACACACGUGUAUGAGCAUAUAUAAAUACAUGUAGGAGAUACCUGCGAAUAAACACAGGAUGUGUACAACAUGCUGUGUGAUGACUUACAGCACAUUUUUGCACUGUAGAGGUCUAGUUAGCUUUGCCUUGAAUUAAAUAAAG